CCGAGCAGCCGCAGCUCCGGGAGCGCUGGCGAACUCGGCUGUCCUUACGGCUCUCAGAAGACGGCAACACCAGCAGAAUCUUCAUGGUGAGAAGCGCCAGCCCUGAGCCCCGGAGGAGACCCCGGCCCUGCGACGUCAGGAAGAGGACCGGCGCUGUCCCCGACAAAGCCCGGUCCCCACGGGGCCCGCACGCGGCCGCACCCCAGCCGUCGCCCGGCCCAGCCCCUGCUCCCAGCUCUCCUGGGGCGCCGGGAGCAGCAGGGCUGAGCGGGGCCAUCGCAGCCCUCGGGGUGACUGACGUGUUGUCCUUCCUCCCACAGAUGUUUGUGAAGUACCUGCAGCCCUCUGAACGGUUGGGCGUCUUCCUCGCUGCCAUCAAGAGCAUGAGAGCCCCGAAUCCCCGCAGCACCAAGCUGGCUGCCCACAUGGUGGACGUGCUGGCGGCAGAGACCGACUUCCAUUCGGGACAGGUGCUGAACAUCGUGUGGGCCAUCUACAGAACCCUGCCGUCCGUCAGAGCCGCGCUGGCCCUUCAGAGCCUGGACAGGGCCCUGCUGGUGCUGGCCAGCAAGCGCCCCAGGGAGACGGUUGCCAGCCUGCUGCAGUGCUCGCCGACCUGCACCAGCGUCGCCGUCACCAUGUGGAAGGCAAUGGUGUCUGAGCCCCCAGCCACAGAGAGGGUGCUGCGGGAGCUGCUCCGCAUCCUCAUGAACCAGUCUGGCUGCAAGACAUCCACCUCCACCGAGGACCACCCGCGCAUCCUGGCCCUGGCCGCAGCAAGGCCCCUCCACGAGAUCCUCCUGCUGCCUACCAGCCUGGAGGAGGCGAAGGCCGUUUUCCCCCAGCUCUUCCUGGCCCUCCUCUUCCAAGUGUCCUUCACCACGGAGCUGACGCUGCAGGAGGUGCAGGUCUUCCGGCAGAAGCACCGGCAGGACCUGCUCACUCCCAUCAGGUCCACGGUGCAGUCCCUGAAAGCGCUGCUCCGCAGCGUGGGCCUGGGGAGCCAGGUGCUGGCCAUCGAGGCGCAGGGCGGCUGGGCCGCGCUUCUCAGCGCCGAGAGCCACCUCUGGGGCGUGCAGGUGGUGGCCAGGGAAAUGAAGGAGUUGCCCGGAAGCCUGCGUGCCACCAUCAUCCGCCACCUGGCUGAGCUGCUCAGCAUGGAGGACUCCUCCUGGGAGAUGGUGGCCAUGGUCUUCCUCAGCAAGAUGCUGGAGUGCACAGACCUCGGCAACGAGCUGGACUGCGUCGUGAGCCUCUUUGCCACCUACCUGCGGAGCCAGUGCCUGGGCAUGCAGAGCCUGGUGCUCAGGGCGAUCCUGGGGCUCACCGAGAGGCCGGACACGGCAAGGCAAACACUCGUCCUGCUGCCGAGCAUCACAGAGCAGCUGCAGGGUGCAGACAGCGACACCCGCACUGUCGCUCUGCCCGUGCUCAGCACCAUGCUGCGGCUCCUGGAGGGGAGGACGCUCAGCCUCACGGCUCUGGGGCUGGCCGGCAAGCUCCCAUCACUCUUUGACGACGAGUCAAGCGCAGUGCGGGUUCUCUCUGUUCGCCUCUUCCUCGACACGCUGGGCUUUGUGGAGAGCAGUGAAAAGAAGAAGAUGCAGAAGGAGGUGUGCAGGAGCCUUCUCCCGCUGUCCUUCCACCUGCACGACCAGGACGAGAGCGUGGCCGAGGCCUCCCGCGAAGCCCUCCUUGGUGUCGCGCGGUUCCUGCGCUGGAGGCAGCUGGCGCACCUGGCCGAGACGGUGCAGACCUGUAAGAUCGGCGAGUGCCUGCUGGCCAGGAGGAGGAGCGGAGCAGAGGAGUACCUGGGCCAGAGCCUGCCCUACCUGCAGAGCCUGCAGGAGCCCCUGCGGCGGGAGGCUGUGAGGUUCAUCGGGCUCGUGGGGAGGCACCUGGUGGAUCAGCGCAAGAACAAGAGCCAGUACAUCUGCGAAGUCCUUCAAGGCUUGAGGCAAGACCCCUGCGAGUCGGUCUCUUCGCUGGCAGUUCAGACAGUGCUGAUCCUGCAAGCAGCAAGGCCGCGCUCGCGGUUCAGCUUUCGGCAGCUGUGCUCCAGGCUGCAGAAGGCGUGGAGGAGGCGACGCUCUUCCCCGGCAGGCAGCUGAGCGUGCUGGAAAGCUCCCGGCAUCUCCUCCUGCCUGCGGCGCAGCCCCGCUCCCCGGGCACACUCCCUCCACUUCUCCGUCCUUCUACGUGCUGGUGGCACGCCCGAACCAGCUCACGAACCCCAUGAACAACAGGGCUUCAGCCGUCGCCUCUCCAGCAGCGAGCCUGCUCUAAGACCCCCGCUCAGACCUUAGACCCCCGCUUAGGCCUGGGACACUGCCAGGGAUGGGACAGCCGCAGCUCCACUGGGCCACCCGCCCCAGGGCCGCACCGCCCUCAGCGCGGAAAGUGUCCUCCUCCUUGCCAUCAGAGCUGGCCAUCAGCAUCCUCAUCUACACGAAGGCUGUGCCUCCCCAGCCCCGGGGGCACUGUGCAGCCCUCCCUGGAGCGGAGCUCUCCGCACACGCCCCACGCCUGGUGGCCUCGCUGCUUUUCCCUCUCUCUGCCCUUUCGCGCGGUCUCUGCCUUUUUUUCUUUUUUUUUUCUUCUUUUUCUUUUCUUUCCUUUUUCUUCUUUUUU